AUGCUAGUGUGUGUCACUGAUUAUUUGAUUUUGAGUUUUGGUGCCGGAGAAGCUUUCUUAGAUGACAAUAAAUUUAUUUUAUUUUAUUUUUUUUUAUCUAGCAAUGGGGACUUGCCCAUAUAUAAUAAGAUUUUGAGGCAGAUAGAACCCUGGAUGAUAAAAAGUUAG